AAAAUGCGCUGGUGUACAUUAAGGCACCUUUUUAGUAUAUCCACGUUAGUCAUCCUAGCAAACGCUGGAUUAGAGUGUGAUCCAACUUCAAAUGUCAAAAAACCAGAUCCAGGAAGUCCUGAAUCCUACCUAUACUGUAAUUUGGAAGGAUCGUUCUCAAAACGAAAAUGCGCUAGCGGUAAAAUAUUCAACAGUGAAACUGGUGAAUGCGACUCUCUGAUGCAGGCUGACGAUCCGAUCGAUGAUAUUUUCUCCCAGCCGUUUUUCCAAGCACCGGAUGAUUUGUGCGGUGAGGGAAUCCCACUUACCAUUCUCAGUGCUCCAGUGACUUGCAAUCCGUCAAUCAGCAGUUGCCCAGAUGGAUACAGUUGUCAAUUCUAUGAACGCACCGGGUCGAGCUACUGCUGCCAGAACCCGACACCAACCGCAAAGAGCUCGACUGAUAAGAUUAACUGCGGAGAGGGACGAGUUACGUACAUCGAGAUGGCCACCGGAAAACCACGUUCUUGUGUUCUCACUGGCGAUAACUCGUGUCCAGCUGGAUUUGGAUGCACUCUUGUUGCUGGAACUACCACGAGAUGCUGCGCCAAAGAUUUGGGAUGUGCAACAAACUCGGCACCUCAAUUGAGAGGAAGUAACCCUGUCGAAUGUUCACCAACUGAUGGAAGUGCUUGUAAGAACGGAUAUGUGUGUAGCAAGAGCCAAUACUUGAACAAAUUCAUCUGUUGCUCAAAUCCGGAUGGUGAAAUUAUGGGCUCCUGUCCUGGAGGUGAGACACCACUUGAGAAUAUCCAAUGCUCUGCAACCAAACCGUGUCCAAACGGAUUUUCUUGCAAUGACAAAAAAUGCUGCCCAUACGCAAGCGCUUGUCCUGCCGGAGCACCAUUGAACAAUGGACCAAUGAAAUGUAGCGAGAAUGCACCAUGUCCAGAGGGACACUCAUGUGUCAGUAAUGCUGGAAUUCAAUACUGCUGCCCAGCCAAAGAAAAAGUGUGCAACAUGCCAAGAAAUAGUGGAGUGCAAUGUGCUUCAUCAAUGAAAUCUUCGAAUCGCUACUAUUUCGACAUUGGAACCGCUACGUGCCGUUCAUUCAAGUUCACACAGUGUGGAGGAAACGCGAAUAACUUUGGAUCACUUGAAGAAUGCGAAGGGUUCUGUGUUGACACUCAAUGUCCUAACGGCCAGGCUCAUCGAGUCGGCGCUGUGAAUGCCAACUGUGCUCUCGCUCAAGCAGACACUUGCCCAAAUCAGCACUUUUGUCAACUUCCGCUAUUUGGACCAAGCCCUAUUUGCUGUCCAACUCCGGAAUUGACGUGUAAUGAAAUGGUCUCCGCUGGAACUCCAUGCUUUGGAAGAGGUCUUACUAUUCAAAGAUUUUAUUUCAACCCCUCGACUCAAAAGUGCCAACCAUUCCACUACUAUGGAUGCAGUGGAAAUGGAAACAACUUCGAGACUGUCGACCAAUGCCAAAACUUCUGUCUUCACUCAGCUGAUAGUGCUUGCGAUGGACUGGUACCAUUGAAAAACCCAAAUAGUGAGCUUCAACGAUGCAGCGAAGAAGAUCCAUGCCCAGCUGGUUAUGAAUGCAACGAUUCUUCGUACUGCUGUCCAAGUUCUGAAAAUGCUUGCAAUGCAAACAUGUCUAGAGGAAAUGGAUGUAAGGGAUCAACCCAGAGAAGCAUGUGGUUCUAUGACAAGUCGAAGAAGAAGUGCUCUCAAUUUGUAUACAACGGCUGUGGAGGAACUCCUAACAGAUUUACUACCAAAGUUGCUUGUACCGAAUCAUGUGUUCAGUCUAGCGCAUUUGGAUUGUGCCCAAGAGGAAUGAACCCGUUCACCGAAGAAGGAGAGAUUACACCAAAAACUUGCACUCUUAAUGUUCGUAGCACUUGCCCCAGUGGAGCAUCAUGCGUAAAGUCUUCUACCAAUCAGUCAAUUUGCUGUAAAGCUGUGACUGCUUGUCCAGAUAACCGAAUUCCAUACAACAUUCCUGGUACCAACUCUGUGGUUGCAUGUAGCAUUGAGCGUGAUGAUUGUCCUGAUGACUUCCAGUGUCUGGAAUCUGCAACAGCUCCAGGAUUCCAUAUGUGUUGUUCGGGACCACUCCCUUCUGCUCAGAGGCCAGUGCGUCCAAUAGCUCCAGUUGCCCCUAUGCCAAGAAGACCAUUUGAGCCAGAUAGCUUCGCUGAUCUUCUUUCAAAUAUUUCUCCAUGCCCGCCACAGCUAUUCAGUAGUGGACAAAGUUGCACCGUCAACCAAGUUGGUGAUUGUCCGAAAAAUCAUAUUUGUUUCCGUGAUAUUGGAUUCAAACAAGGAUCUUGCUGUAGAACAACUCCACCAAAGUGCAGUCAAAGAGGAUAUGUUCCAGUUUUCCUUGACAGAACUCAAGUUCAGGUAUGUCAAGUGGAUCUUGACGGAUGCCCAGAAGACGCCAAAUGCAUGACCUCUAGCGUGGCAAAAUUGGCAAUUUGUUGUCAGAAAUAUCAACCUCCAAGCCCGAACAAUAAUCGACCGGCAAACAGAGGAGUCAACCAAGGAUCGGUGUCAAACAACAACCAAAACAACAAUAAGGGAGCUGUGUGUGCUAAUGGGGAGACUCCAUUCCGCGGACCUGACAACAAAUUCCAAGAGUGCAACUUUGUUCACAACACUUGUCCAUCGGGAUAUCAAUGCGAGUUCUCUUCAACCGGACAAGCCGUUUGUUGUACCAAUACUAAUGUUAUUCGUUGCCCAUCUGGAUCUUCUGUUUUUGAGUACGGAGGAAGACCAUUGGCAUGCCCUGCUGGAAGUAACAAGUGUCCUCAAGGAUACAGCUGUAUGCCUUCCACAAACCCACAACAUCACCUCUGCUGCUCUUCCGGAUCCGGAAUGGGAGUUUCACAGCCACAAUGUCUCCGAGGAGUUGCCUAUGUGAACCCUGCCACAAAUCAACGUCAAUUCUGCUCUCCGAUGAAAGCUGAUUGCCCAGCAGGAUACACUUGCUUCGAGUCAGACCAAUCUUCUCAAUUUAUAUGUUGCACCCAUGGAGACCUGAGUGACAGAUUCCAAGGAUACUGCCCACCGCGCCAAAUUCCAUACAUUUCUAGAGAUGGAUUCCCUCCAACCUGUCAUAUGCAACUUUCACCAUGCCCAACAACAGCUCCAUAUGUUUGUAUCUACUCUCCAGAAAAGCAAGAUUCUUAUUGUUGUGCACCAAUUGACACUGCUGUUCAUGUCGUCAAUCCAGACAGAGGAUAUGCCUCUCCAGCCAAGAAUAUUGAUCUACUCGAAACUCCAGACGUACCGUCAUCCAAUGUUCCAGGAAUGACUCAGACCUUCCCAGGAGGUCCACCAGCUCCAGGAAUGGGACCGAUCGGUAUGCCAGAUCCAAUCCCAGGAAUUGAAAACGCAAGAAUUCUGCCACCAGCUCUAGCCCAAGCAGAGAUGGAGAAAAAGAUUCGUGAACAAUUUGCCAAUAAAAACAAUAAUGAACAUGGAAACAGUUUUGCCAAUUUUGAAGGAAACUCUGGAGAGUCUGGAAACUUUGGAAACAAUAACUUUAACAUGGGCGGUGGUGCUGUUCCAGGAUUUGGAAACCAAGCCUCACAAAGUGGAUGUCCUCUCGGUUCAAGACCGUUAAUCGGAUUUAACCAACAAAUCACUGAAUGCUCUCAACAGCCAUGCCCAGAUGGAUUCUCGUGUGUUUUUGCUGAAAAAGACAACAGAUUCCAAUGUUGCUCAUCUGUAUCCAUCAUGCUUGCUGUCAACAAACCGACCAAUAAACAGUCAACCCCGUCUCCAAAUGGGCAAAUUGAUUGCCCCCCAGGAUUCUUCAAUAUGGACGGAAAGUGCUUGAAGAUCUUAUUUGCUGGUCAAAAAGGAUGCAUUUCUGAUGAACAGUGCAGUUCUCGUGAAGCAAACUCAACAUGUGACAAUGGAUAUUGUAUCUGUCCAACUGACAAGCCACUGGUCCAUGGAGGAAAAUGUAUUGCUACGUGCCCAGAAGGAUUCUCCAAUAUUGCUGGAAGAUGCUACGACCCAACAACAGUGAUUUUCAUGGACUCUGUUGACGAAAGAAAGAACGGAACUAUUGGAGGAUAUUGUAUGGAGACUUUGAUCGAGGAAAAGAGAUGUUUAGUUAAAAAUAGUUAUUGUUCGGAGAAAACAAUAACGUGCACCUGCCAGCUUGGAUAUGACCUUGAGAUGAACUUUGAUGAUAAGGACGAUAAGGGAAAAUGCAAAAAGAAUAGUGACUCAAAAUACCAUGACUUGAAAGCAACCACUGCAUCUCCAUUUGAUGAUGAGUUAUACUUCAUUGAUAUAAGCUCAAUGAACCACGAAAGCCCAUUGAACGACACGGGAGUAGAGAGCGAGGACCUGAACAAGUACCUGUUCCAGUCUGACGAAAUGAUUCCAGUUUUUGCAUAAGCAUAUUUUCCAAAAACCUUUUAUUCUACAAUUUGAUAUCUGUACAUUUCGGUUCGAAACAUGUUAGUAAUAAUACAAACGGGAAAAAACCAAAUACACAUUCAAAAUACAAAUUCAUAUGUACGAAAAUUUUUAAAAAUUAUAAUGUGUAUUAUUGAUAGAUGUUUAUUUAUUUUUAUUUAUAUGUGCAUUAAUAUUAUUUUCUCUAUUUAUUUUUUUUUGCGAAUGAAAGUUUCAUGUUU